AUGGAUUCCGACGAGCUUAUGCCUGAUCCCGCUUCAAAUUUAGAUGAGGAUCUGGAUGAGAAAUAUCCAAACCGCCCGCAUAACCAUGCUCCAACACUUCCAUUCCAUGAGCUGUACACGGAACUUUUCGAUACCCUCAGUCAAAUCAAAAAGAAGCCAGUGACAUCAACUUUAGCUCGGAGGAAGGCCGGGCCUAACACAGGCAAAGGAAAUCUGAAUCCAUACGAGCUCCGGCACGAUGUCAUCGCCCGUUUUAUUUCACGAUGGCGCAAAGAAGUGGGCGACGACAUAUACCCCGCCUUCCGGCUGAUAUUGCCUGACAAAGACAGGGACCGCCCGAUGUACGGGAUCAAGGAGAAAGUUAUUGGCAAGAUGCUUGUCAAGAUCAUGAAGAUUAACAAAGAAUCUGAAGAUGGCUACAACUUACUCAAUUGGAAACUACCCGGUUACAGUGCUGCGACCCGGAUGGCCGGUGACUUUGCUGGGAGAUGCCAUGAUGUUCUGUCCAAGCGGCCUAUGCGAACGGAUCCAGGUGACAUGACCAUCGAGGAAGUGAACGAGAAGCUUGAUAAGUUGUCUGCAGCCUCCAAAGAUGACGAACAAGCGCACAUACUGGCUGAAUUCUAUCGGCGUAUGAACCCGGACGAGCUUACAUGGCUCAUUCGUAUUAUCCUUCGCCAGAUGAAGGUCGGUGCUACCGAGCGCACUUUCUUUAAUGUCUGGCACCCGGACGCCGAGAGCCUGUACAGUAUUUCUAGCAGCCUUCGACGUGUUUGCUGGGAGCUACAUGAUCCCAAUAUCCGGCUUGAGGCAGAGGAUCGCGGGAUUGGACUCAUGCAGUGCUUCCAGCCCCAAUUGGCCCAAUUUCAGAUGCAAUCGUUCGAUAAGAUGAUUUUGCGGAUGCGCCCGACGGAGGAAGAUCCUGUAUUCUGGAUCGAGGAAAAGAUGGAUGGUGAAAGAUUGCAACUUCAUAUGGCUGCCGAUGAAUCGGUCCAAGGAGGUCGCAGAUUUGCCUUCUGGUCCCGCAAAGCCAAAGAAUAUACCUAUCUCUACGGCAAUGGGAUCUAUGACGAAAAUGGAGCGCUGACAAGACAUCUAAAGGAUGCUUUUGUAGAUGGUGUGCAAAGCCUGAUCUUGGAUGGUGAGAUGAUCACCUGGGACCCCGAGCAAGAUGCUAUGAUUCCAUUCGGAACGCUUAAGACAGCAGCUUUGGCGGAGCAGCGCAACCCCUUUUCGAAUGGCCCACGGCCUUUGUUCCGGGUGUUCGAUAUACUGCAUCUCAAUGGGCGUGAUUUGACCAAAUACACUCUCCGGGAUCGUCGAACUGCAUUACAGAAAUCAAUCAAGCCUGUCCAUCGCCGAUUCGAGAUCCUUCCUUAUGAAGAAGCUACCACAGCUGCAGAAAUCGAAACUUGCUUGCGCAAAGUUGUCGCCCAAGCCUCAGAAGGCCUCGUCUUGAAGAAUCCACGAGCUCAGUACCGUCUGAAUCAACGCCACGAUGACUGGAUGAAAGUCAAGCCAGAAUACAUGACUGAAUUCGGCGAGUCCCUUGACGUAGUAGUUAUAGGAGGCUACUACGGAAAGGGCCAUCGCGGAGGAAACCUUGCUAGUUUCCUCUGUGGUCUACGCGUCGACGACAACAAUUCAUCCCAGGGCUCAAAUCCCGAAAAGUUCUGGUCUUUCUGCAAGGUUGGGGGUGGGUUCACGGCCGCCGACUAUCGAGAAGUUCGUCACCACACGGACGGCAAAUGGAAGAAAUGGGAUUCGAAGAAGCCGCCAAGUCAGUUCAUAGAAUUGGGCGGUGGACCUGCUCAACAUGAAAGACCAGACAUGUGGAUCAGACCGUCUGACUCAGUCGUAUUAUGCGUGAAGGCGUCGUCUGUAGCAGUGAGUGAUGAGUUUCGUAUGGGAUUGACCCUCCGCUUCCCCCGCUUCAAGAAUUUGCGCAAGGACAAGAAUUGGAAGACAUCGCUGUCUGUUCAAGAAUUUUUGGACCUCAAGUCGAAUGUGGAGAAGGAGCAUCGCGAGAAGGAGUUCGAAGUGGACAGAUCUCGGAAGCAGAAGCGGGUCAAGAGAGCAACAAAAAAACCUUUGAACAUUGCAGGUUAUGAUGACAAGGACGAUGUGCAAUAUGCGGGACCAUCAGGCCGUAUCUUCGAUAAGCUGAAUUUCUUUAUCAUGACAGAUGCCAGCAUUCCGACGAAAAAGUCCAAAAGCGAGUUGGAGCAACUGGUCAAAGCUAAUGGCGGCAAGGUAUUCCAAACCAAUACUGCUGUGCCAGACACAAUAUGCAUCGCUGAGCGAAGGACAGUGAAAGUGGCAUCGCUACAAAAGCAUGGAAAUAUCAACCUUGUCAAACCAUCCUGGCUGCUGGAUUGUGUUCAGCAGAGCGAGAAGGAUGUAGGACUGCCAGACCUUUUGCUUCCAUUCGAACCUAGACAUAUGUUCUUCAUCAUGGAAGACCGAGAUGACGAAAUCAAAAUCAAUGUCGAUCGGUUCUCGGACAGCUAUGCUCGGGAUACAAAUGUCGACGAACUCAGAGAGAUUUUGAUGAACAUGACAAAUGAUGAUCAAAGUGACCGCACUCUUGAGUCUCGCACAUCCAACAGAAUAGAGAACAUUAUCCAGGAUAAAAUUGAUUCUGGAUACACGGCACCUUGCGGAUGGCUCUUCCGCCGAUUUACAUUUCUUUUCUUUGAAAAUGAUAAGGCACCCAAGGACAAUCAAGCAAGCCACAUUAUCACACUCAAUGACACUUGUCUGCAACUAGCACGAAAUACCGCACUUUUCGGAGGAGCAAAUACUGCUACCUCACUCGAAAGCCCCAAUGUUACCCAUGUCAUUGUCAACCCAGAGACGUUGUCUUUGGAAGAGAUAAAAUCUCUGCGAGAGUCUCUGGCUGCAAGACCAAGCAAAACUUUACCAUAUCUUGUCAGCAUGGCUUGGGUAGAAGAGAGUUGGAAGAAUGAAACCCUUCUGGAUGAAGAAAGGUUCGGUGUUCAUCGAUAA